AUCACAUUCAACGUUCAUGUCCGGCCAUAUCGUGCAAGCUGCCAAGCAUCAGCUGCAUAGCGCCUUUGCUGCGCUGGACGACCCUGCUGUCCCAUGGAAGACGCUCGUCCUCUACCUCAUUGUGGGCGUCUGGGCCUUUGAGACGUACCUCUCUCUGCGUCAAUACAAGGUCUACUCCUUCCCAUCACCUCCCGCUUCUCUUCUGCAGCAUGUCGAUCUCGAGACCUAUAAGAAAUCGCAGCGAUACGGCAGGGACAAGGCGCGCUUCGGCUUCGUGGUAGCAGCGUGGGGGCUCCUCAAUUCUCUCGCCAUAGUCUACUUCGACCUCAUGCCAUUCUUUUGGCAGCUAUCGGCUGACGUGCUGCAGAAGCUCGACUGGCGUACGACGGAGAUCACACAAUCGAUCAUCUUUACCCUCCUGUCCUCUCUCUCUCGCACUAUCCUCGACCUACCUCUCUCUUACUACUCUCACUUCUACCUCGAAGAGGCACAUGGCUUCAACAAGAUGACGCGCACCACCUUCUUCACCGACUUCCUCAAAUCCACCGCUCUGGGCGGGAUAGUUCUGAGCCCAGUCAUCGCCGCCUUGAUCAGUAUCAUCCGCUGGGCGGGGACGGAUGGCUUCGUCCUUUGGGUGCUGGUAUUCAUGCUCGCCUUCCAGGUGGUCUUGCAGGUACUCUAUCCAUUGGUGAUCCAGCCGCUAUUCAACACCUUGACGCCUCUGCCCCCCGGACUGCUAAAAGCACGAGUCGAAAUAUUGGCCGCUUCUCUGCGCUUUCCUCUGGCCAAGUUGCAUCAGAUCGACGGCUCAAGGCGCUCUGCCCAUUCAAACGCGUACUUCUUUGGUGUCCUGCCCUGGGGUAACAAGCACAUCGUCGUCUACGACUCGCUCAUCGCCAAGUCGACUUGCAGUGAGAUUGAGGCCGUCUUGGCGCACGAGUUGGGCCACUGGGCGCAUAGCGACCCUACGAAGCUGCUGGUACUCGCACAGGCGCAGAUUGGCUUCACCUUUGCGGUCUUUGCUGGCUUCAUCGACAACAGGUCACUCUUUGAGGCCUUCGGAUUUGGGCAGGCGAGUACGCUCGCCGAGAAGGCGGGGCUGGCGAGCCCGGUGCUGCCUGUCAUCAUUGGGCUAGAGCUUUUCCAGCUGGUAUUGGCGCCGCUGGAUGCGGUACUCAAGUUCUUGAUGAAUAGCGCCGUGCGCUCCAUGGAGUAUGCUGCGGACUCAUUUGCCGCCGGGCUGGAUAGGCCAGCGUUUACGGACGAGCAGGUGAAAGAGAUGCACAAGGAGCCGGAGCCGGUAGCCGAGAAGGAGGAGAGCCAGAGCCAGGAGAAGGGGCCAGAGAAGAAAGACGAGGACCAAGCAACAAGGAAAGAGUUGCGUGAAGCCGAGCUGGCGCAGAGCACGCAAACGUCUUACGCAGAGCUGUUGCAGGUAGCGCUGAUCAAGCUACACAAGCAGAAUCUCUCGUCGAUGCACUACGACUGGCUCUACUCGGCGUAUCACCACUCUCACCCGACCUUGCCCGAAAGAUUGGCAGCGCUUGAAAAACAUGCGGGCGCUGUUGACCGCGCCAAGAAGGCAAAUUGAGGACGUCAGGCGCAGCAUAGCAUCUCUCGAAUGCGUGGACCAAUGUCACGGAGAUGCUGUUGUCUGACAUUGCCAAGCUUUCGGCCAGUGAUGACUGGCUUUAAUGCUAGAUACAGUCGCGUACUUGCCUUAUCUA